AGGUUGGAUCUGGGAGAUACGCGCUGACCGCAGCGAGGUAGGCGCGGCAUCAGCGGCGGUUCGGGAGCGGGCCCUGGAGUGUGGCGACCUCAGCGGGCAGGAGCCAUCCCGUAGCUAGGGCAGGAGGCAGCCGGCAUGAGCGCACUGGACCUGGCCCGGGUGGGCGCGUGCGUGCUGAAGCACGCGGUGACGGGAGAGGCCGUGGAGCUGCGGAGCCUGUGGCAGGAGCAGCCGUGCGUGGUGGCCGGGCUGCGGCGUUUCGGCUGCAUGGUGUGCCGCUGGAUCGCCCGGGACCUCAGUAGCCUCAAGGGGCUCCUGGACCAGCAUGGCGUGCGCCUGGUGGGCGUGGGGCCCGAGACCCUGGGCCUGCAGGAGUUCCUGGAUGGUGGCUACUUCUCAGGAGAACUCUACCUGGAUGAGAGCAAGCAGUUCUACAAGGAGCUGGGCUUUAAGCGUUACAACAACCUGAGCAUCCUGCCUGCUGCCGUGGGGAAGCCGGUGCGGGAUGUGGCCGCCAAGGCCAAGGCUGCCAACAUCCAUGGAAACCUGUCUGGGGACCUGCUACAAAGCGGAGGGCUGCUGGUGGUCAGCAAAGGCUGGCCCUCCUGCGCCGGCUUCUCCCACCUCGCCCACCCUGCCUCCCUGCUGCUCCCAGGUGGUGAGAAGGUGCUGCUGCACUUUGUCCAGAAGUCCCCAGGGGACUAUGUUCCUCAGGAGCGUGUCCUUGGUGCCCUAGGCAUCUCUGCGGAGGGCCUUGCCAGCGAGCCACCACAGUGUGAUGAGGAGGCGUGUGGGAGGUGAAGGGCUCCAAGGACCUGGAAAUACUGCGCAUUGGACGUGAAAGAUUGUUCUAGAAUCGCUGAGCUGGAACGGUGGACUUUGCCAUAGCAACACAGGCAACGUGGGCCAUUAAAACUUUGGUUUCUGAUCAGA